CAACAUUAAUCACAUUGUCUAUGACACCGUAAGGAAUGUAUUUAGCUUUUUUAUGAAAGUGUUGUCGAAUAAUUUUCGUCUUAUCCUGUUCCACCUAUCGGGAUCGCAUUGCAAAAUAAGGAUCGUACUAGUAUAAAUUGCAUUACAAAUUUCCUUAGCAUGACAAAUUGUCCUUAGCUUGACAAAUUGAAUUUGUCAUGCUGUUUUAGCGUAGGAAGGCGAUUUGUAAUGCAUGACUGCAAUUACUACGAGUACGAUACUUUUGCACAGGAUACCCAGGAUCGCAUUGCAAUCCGCGAAGGCCGCGUGGCUUUGCAGCCAAGCUUCCCAUAUGGGGUUCUCAAUCGUUACAUUCUCAACUGUUACAUGAAUCUGUAAUGCAAGAAUGGCAAAAGUGAAACGAGGGACCUUGCGCGUCUUGCAUGACAGAUUUGGCGCAGAGUAUCAGCCUGCUUAGGCCUUGGAGAAUUUGUCAUGCUAAGCAGCUUGAUCGCAUCGAUUCUGAUUGUGAAUUUGCAUGACAAAUCAUGCAACAGCUGAGAGUGUAACAGUUGAGAACGCCAUAUCCCACUCCUGCGGGGUGUAGUUCGAUGAGGACGAUGUUGAAAGAAGAGCGUUAGAAGUUAAAUUCGGUCGCUCGUCUGCUGUGGCCCUCGUCGAUUCUUUCGUGACCAAGCCUAGAAGUUCCUCGACCGUAGUCGCUGAGCCGAGUCCUUGUAUUUCUGAUGAAAGCUGCUGGCGCUGGCACCACUCCUGCUUGUUGUAGUCGUUUUGCUUUUGUACAACUACGGUGUCGCUGCUGUUGUAGCUGUUGACAGAUGUUGUAGUUGAAUAGUGAUGGUUUGAACAAGUAGAGACAUCGUACGCUCCAAGAACUCCUGAUGCUGGACCACCAGCGUUGCACGACUGUGCCGGCUGAAAAAGAUUUUGACCCCAGUAGUUCAUCAUAAUCCCCUCGUUCAUCUUUUGGUAGCGGCUGUGCUGGAGGCCGCCUCCGACGUAUGCGGUCGAGUUGAUGUAAUAAUUCGAAGAUGCUAGUCCAGCAACAACACCUCGGCCGCCUUUAAAAGUACUUGCUCUCCUUCUGUCGUGUCGUCUACCAUGAUGACCACUUCCUUCGCCCUGACUGUCGCUACUUUGGCAGCUUACCACGUGGCUAUGACAGUGCACAACUCCCCCUCCCCCUCAUUUGUAUGGCAUGAACGACAAUACAAGCACCAGCAAGAAUGCCGGUUCUGCAUGACAAAUUUGCACUGGAGUGUAGUGCUGUUUGGGCUUCCAGGAUUUGUCAUGCAAACAGUGCUACAAGGCAGCAGCUGGAUUUGGGAUUUUGCAUCGCAAAUGAGGGGGAGGGGGAGUUGUGCACUUUCAUAGUGGCCGGCAACUCCAUCGCAUCCUGCAGCUCCACCUUUGGAGGCACUGCUGGCCCCGACCUUUGUCCGCGUGGUUGUUGUAUCAUUAUUUUUCGAGCCCCAGCCCUGGAAAUGCGACGCCGCUUCUCUCGUCCUCGCUUGGUUUCCUUUACUGUUGUAUCAACUGCAAAAAUGUCUGGGUCUGGAAACUUGUGAUGCUGGGUGGCGUCUCAUGAUGAGGCCACAAAUGCUGGCUCAGCAUGACAAGUUUCUGAGCUUCUAACUGUUGCCUAUUCUGCAUGACAUCAAACUGCGUUUCUGCAUCACAGAAAAGUGGAGCUGUUGGGUAACGUGCAGGACAGAUUUAAAAGUCAUGGCAGACAAGCAUGACAAACAGCUUCGUCUUAUCCUGUACAUAGGUGGAACACUUUCGUCUUAUCCUGUUCCACCUAUCGGGAUCGCAUUGCCUCCUCGAGGAUCGAUAGGGAAGGAUAUGAAAAUACUAGGAUCUCUCAAAAAUAACCAAGAGUGAAAGAUAUCUACUCAAUAGCAGGUUUUUUUCGAAAACGAUUGAAAAGAAAAAAGAAAGUACGAAUACAAAUUAUGGUAAUCAGAAUUUACAGAGAGCAAUAUCUUCACGCCUGUCAUAUUAAUCACUUGAAAAAGGGCUGUACGUGUUCUAUCUACUAUAGACGAAAAUUUUAGUUGCUGCGUUGCGCCAGCGUCGGCACACCACCUCACUUCGUCGUAGGUCAAUUUCGUAAUCAUGUAUAUUGGUCUUUGUUGCUGACAUAUAAAUAUAUUGUUAUUGUUUCGCGUCGUCUCGUCGCCCUGUCAUGCGUGGUGCUCAUUGUUUCCUCACUCGUUUAUGGAAGAUUUGAAGGAAGUCGACCUCUGUAUUUGUAUAUGUGAAAGUCGGGAAGCGAAGUACCACAUACCGACCUGAGCAAGAGAAAAACUAUCAAAUAGAUUCGAAAAGUUGUAGUAGUCCGACUGUGCAAUAUCGGUGUAAAUAAACGGAAGGCUCUCCAGCGAAGCUAAAUCUUUGGAAUUGCAAAAGAAGCUGCUACAGGGUUGGGUGAAUCGAAUCUGAAUACUUGCUACUAAACAGAAACACUUCAUCUCGACACAGAAGUACAAAUAAGUAAUUCCCAGAAUAGCAACAAGCGGAACUUGUGCCCUUUAGUGUUUGAUGCUUUAUGCUGCGACACAGCC